AAUUUUUUCAUCAUUAGUUGUCAAUUUAUCGUGUUCGAGGUUGGGUGUAUGUUGAACAUAAACAAAUUCCUUUACGAUUUACGACAAAAAUAGAUAAAAAGCGUAAACAUGUUGGUGGAUUUGGAGUUUGAUUAUAAUGAGGCGACGGCAGCAAUGGAUAAAUUUUCCCAGGACGAUAUCAAUGAGCUGCGUUAUUGGACACAGAAAUUGGAUAAAUCAAAAUAUGUACCGAAGGAUUUGACCGAUAAACAAUUAGUACUAUUCUACAAUGCGUGUUAUGGGGACAUGGAUAAGACGAAAGCAUGCAUAGAAAAGUAUUAUUCAUGCAGAAAAAAUGGGCCAGAGUUGUUUGACAAUCGUAUUAUGAAGACAGAAGAGUUGAAACAGAGUGCUGAAGUGCUGGAAUUCUCCGUCCUGCCAGGCAAGUCGUGUGAGGGCUACGACAUCAUCUACCACCGGCUGCAUGACACCGAACCUUCGAAGUACAACCUGGAGGCUGGCUGCAAACUGCUCUUCAUGACUGUUGAUCUAUGUCUCACCAAACGUGGUCCACAACCAGGUUACAUGUUUCUCUUCGACAUGCGCGGUGUUAAAUUCGGACAUCUUACAAGAGUUAGCUUAUCCUUUCAAAAGGAUAGACAAAGGACCCUACGGAAAUUCUUCCAGUAUGUCCAAGAGGCGAUGCCAGUGCGCAUGCGUGCGAUACAUGUGCUGAACACAGAGCCAGUCCUAGACAAAUUAAUGGUCCUCAUCAGGCCAUUUAUGGAUAAGAAGUUCUUUGACAUGCUCAAAUUCCACAACAAGAACGAGGAUUUGGAGAAGUUCUACGACACCGUCGUGCCCCGGUCUUGCCUGCCUCCAGACUAUGGCGGCACCCUCCCUGACACACAGACCCUGCAUAAGAAGUGCAUGCAGCAGAUUCAACUCAUGGAGCCCUACUUCAAAGCUGAGGAGGAACAGAGGAUCGCCGCGUUACCUGACAAGAAGCGAGAGAAGGCCAUGGAAAGGGCAUUCAAGAAUCUCGAUAUCGACUAAAGAUAUAUUCCUAUCAAAAAAGGUAAAUGCUGUCUAUUUUAGUAGUACUUUUUGGCAGUGGAACGACUGGUUUCAUAAAAAAAAUGUAUAUAGAAUAGAACGUGUUCCAUUUUUAAAUGUUUAAGCAUUUGACAGUUCUGUUUUUUUUUUGUUAGUUGCCAGUCCAUAAAUAGGGAUUUGAUUUAGUAUAAUUUCAAAGAUGCAUUUGAGUUUUUCUUUUUAAGUUCUGUUUCAAACGGAAUAGAAUAUUAAUCUUGACUUGUGAUUCGAAAACAUAGUAGCGAGACUAAUUUGGUAAUACAUACAAAUGUUUGUCAAUUAUAAAUCUAAAAUAACAGAAUAGAUAAAUAUUGAGAUAGUACUAAUGCGAUUAUAAGGAAAUCGCAAAAGUAAAAUCUAGGUAGUACCUAACUAUGAGAGAAAUGAAGGCAAAGAACUUACAAAUAUUAUUUUUGUAUUAUAAAGACAAUUUUAAUUGGUUUUAUUUUGUUUUAAUAGGUGUAUAUUUAGAAAAUUGACUGUUGUUAUACUAUCUGUAUGUUAGGAUAUUAAUAUAAAGAUGUGUGGGAAUAUAUUUAGAUAAAGCUUAGCUUUAUAGAUUACCUAUAAAUCUAUUGAAGAAUAUAACAUCGAGAUACUUAUAUCGUAUAUUUAGUUUAUCAUUUUGAAACUUAUCUCUGAAGAUAUAUUAUAUUGAAAAAAUAAAUACAAUUUAUUGUCUCUUUUUUUUUGUAGUAUAGAAUCAUGAACUAAGUACACGAUAUAAGAUCUCUUAUUCUAAAUAUAUGUUAAAUAAAAAUGGUAUAUUACUAUAUUCAAAUCAUCAAGUGUUCAUGCUUUAGUCCAUGUAUUAAAUUGUUAUUAUUGUGAUAAAAUAUUUACUUAUGUGUUGUCUUACGUAUGUAUUAUAUACUUUGUGAUAUUUCCAAAUAUUAUGUUAAUUUGAAACAAAUAGCUGAAAUAUAAAAUGCAAAAAACUGUUGUUUUCAGUGAUGAAUCAAAGUGUUUUACAUUAUUAUGUUAUUGUGAUUAAAAAAAUGUAACUAAAAGAUACGUUAUUGCUCACUACAUUAAAGUAUGCAUAAUUAUUAGUAAACGAAUAUAACUGUUCUUAAAACAAUGACAAAAUGUAUAAGAAUAUUGUUUACAAUUACCAAUUUAUCUAAAGCUGUGUAAUUAUCAUCAAAAUGAUAAACAUAAGGACAGUUAUCUUAAUUUGCGAUAAUAUUUCAUUAAUCUUAAUUAAUAGCUAUGCAAAAUUAUGUAGUUAAUCUAAAUACUGGUAUCCGCUACUGGUAUACGUUUCUAUAGUAUUCCAAUAAAUAGCAAUAGAAUAAACUAAUACAUAUUGUACGAAUCCAUGAAAGGAAAGAUGAAUAAGAAAGAAAGGCAUCUUAAGUGUAAAAAAUAAAUCCUUUUUCGGUAAUUAAUCUUUAGCUUGUUACAGAUAGAAUAUAUAAAGUUACUUGAUGUUUAGGUGUCUAGUAUCUAUUUAAAUUAUAAAUUCAAAUAAAAAAUGGUUAUGACACCCUAAGUUAUUCCUACAUGAACAGACAAAAUAUAACAGUAAAUAAUGAAUAAAGCCCACCUCUAGCUACUGACCCAUUUGUAGAAUAAAAUGCGUGACGUCAUAUUACUUUAUGUAAUUAUCUCUUUAAUAAGCAAAGUACAAUUAAUUAAUUCCUUUCAUUGAUCCGCUUAUCACAAUCGAAAUGUCGAUAAAACAUUAAAUAUUCCAAACGUUUCCAGAUUGUUGUACUACUUAUAUCAUAAAUCAUUAUGUUUUUUUUUUAAAUUUUGAUGUUAAGAAAAAGAAUUUCUAUGCAAAUACAAACUUACUUUAGGUAAGACUUUUACCUAGUCAUAACAAAAGUCAUUUAAAUGCUAUUUGACAAAGACAAAAACAUAUGUAUUUUUAUUUUCAGUUGCCGUUAAUUUUAUAUUUGUUUAUGUUCAACAUAAGUAUGCCAUAGCAGGUGUACAUCAAUCCCUUAAAAUCUUAUGUAUUAUAUUCUCUUAUUCCUAUAUUCUCUUAGAUAAAACUAAGAAGACUUGUAUAUAUGUACUUAGUAUUAAGACACUGUAAUGUCUUACUUUAUUCAAAACAAUUGACGCUCAAUUAUAAUGCAUUAAAAUUUAAACGAGCUAAGGUCGUGUUGGAAAGGUUAACUAAUUUUGUUAGAAAAUGAAUGUUUUAUUUGUUUCUAGAAGGGUUCUUUGACAUUAACAGAACAUUUUUGAUAAAUGUUCGAACACAGAAUUUAAUGUAAUUUGAAUGGCGAAAAGUCGCUUUGACAGUUAUUUUGUUCAUUUGAGGUGCUUAGCUCAUAGGUGUCCACAGGCCCGCAUCGUACGCAUCGCACGUAUCGUACGUAUUCCGUAUGACCUCAUCGGUAUGUAUCGUAUGUAGGCGUUGCCGAUGAUGCGGAUCAGUGGACGCAGUUGUGUUAGUUUGUAUAGAAGACAAACUAAAAUCUGUUACAUGCGGUGCGUGCGAUGCGUACGAUGCGGGCCUAUAGAUGCGUACCUUUAAGCUGCUAUCACAAAGUAAAAUGACAAGAAUUGGGACCUGAAUAGUAAGAAUUGUGUUUCCGUGUAAAUUCAGUAGCUAAUAUAAUUUUUAUACAAGUUUUUCUUGUUAUAAAUAGCGUCACUAGAGUUGUAAGGUGGCGGAAGCAUAGGUACUUAAGGUUUUGUAUUUAUAUGCACAGUAGUUAUAGAUUUAGUUGAAAAUUCCACUUUAUUCCUUAUCAAAUUUUGUGAUAAAUGCUUGUGUUGUUGAAAUGUGUUACGUUGAUUCCAAGAAUCGGAUAUAAUUGUGAUUUGAAGUAGAAAUAUAUUUUUAUGCAAUA